AUGACUCUCAAAGCUCUACAGCGUGUUUGGGUCAUUGAUGAAAACCUAGCUUGGGAUAACCUAAUAUAUUUAGCAGUUGGUUGUGUGGAAUAUUUAAGUCAACUCAUUCGGGUUGAGGCGCCUCCAUUACCUCCUGAAAUUGCCCAAGAGAUUGAGGAGGCAAAAAAGAAUAGAUGGCUAGAGCAUGAAUUGAGAUCAUCUAUUCAGGAAAAACUUGUCAGAUAUAUGGGCCAGGAUAAGGAAAAAGGCCGUGAAUUCGAUCUAACAGUUGACUAUAUCCUUACAUUAAAACGUAUUCAAGAAGACAGAUGUGCAUUAUGUCUCAUAGAAAUGAAAUUUGAAUGGGAUCGGCCAGGAGAUAUAUCCCAGUGGACAGUAGAUCGAAUCCACAAUAGUUUGGGGCAUAUCAAAGGGAAUGUACGCCUCACUUGUCUACUUUGCAACUGAAAUCAUCGAGUCUAAGUCACUGCCAUGGCUAGACUAGUGAUAUGGUGCAUAUAUGCAAGUCGGAGGAGGCAAAUCACAGUAUUUACAUAAUUAUUAGAUUUUUUUUUUCUGGC